UGUCAUGCAACAACAACUCCAGCAGCAGCAGCAGCACAUCAGCAUCAGCAACAUCAACAUCAGUUGCAACUACAAGCUCAGCAACAACCAGGACAGCAGCAGCAGCAGCAACAACAGCAGCAACAACAGCAGCAACAGCCGCAGCAACAGCAGCAGCCCCCGCCACAGCAGCAACAGCCACCUCCUCCGCAGGGGCAAGCACAGCUGCUGCUGCAGCCGCCGCCAGUGGCCCAUGCCCAUGCCCAUGCCCACGCUCAUGCCCACGCCCAGACGCAGAUGCUGCCCGGCCAGCCCGGGCUGGUGGUGGUGAGUGCCAGCCCACAAACAGUGAUGGCCACCCAGCAGCAGCCUAUGCACCCAGGAUCACAGGGUCUUGCUCCUCCCACUGCUGUGCCACCACCUGGGAGCCAAGGCUUGCCUCCUGGUGCUUACGCAGCUGCAGCCGGUCAGCAGCUGUACUUGGCACAACUGCAGCAGCCCAUGAGUGCUGCACCAGCUCAGCCUCAGCCUGUGCCCAUGCCCGGGGGCCAGGGCCAGCCUGAUGCUCUGCAGCCCCAGCCUGUGCCGGUGCCAGUGGCACAAGCUCCUCAGCAGCAACCUCAACCUCAGAUGGCCCCUCAUGCUCAGGCUUUGUCACAGCAGCCGCAGACCUUCAUGGGCAUGCCUAGCGGAGGACAGCCUGUGGCUAUAUCAUACCCGUACCAAAACUCUGCACCUCCUGUGGUGAGUUAUCCAGCUGCAUUUGGCCGCUUGGAUCAGCAGCCAACAUUGACCCAACUGCAGCCUCCUCCAGGACAACAGGGCCCCCCUCCAGGCACUCACAUGCAGAGCCUCCAACCUCCACCAGUACAGCCUCAGGGGCUGCCUCCUGGCCAGUUGCAGGAGCAGCAACAUUGGCAGGGCCAGCCUCUGCAGUUGCAGCCACAGAUGCAACAAGGAGCAUCUCUUUUCCAGCAAGGCACUCCCUUGCAGGUUACAGCUCCUGCUGCUGCUGCUGCUGCAGCAGCUGCUGCUGCUGCUGCAGCUGCUGCUGCUGGUCUUCAGUUAAAACAACAGGGGCAACCAGCUCAGGUUUCACCUUUACAUCACCAAAGCAGUCUUCAACAACAGCAAACACAGCAGUCACAAACACAGCAGCCACAAACACAGCAGCCACAAACUCAGCAGCAGCAAACUCAGCAACAACAAACACAACAGCAGCAACAACAUCAACAGCAGCAGCAACAACAUCAACAGCAGCAGCAGCAACAACAACAACAGCAGCAGCAACAACAGCAGCAGCAACAGCAUCAACAGCAACUCCAAAGUCCAUCACAACAUCAGCAACCAACACAAUCCCAGCAGAUGAACAAGGGUUCGCAGAAAAGACGUUUCACUGAGGACCGUGAUGAGCAACCAGAUGGUUUCCAGAUGAAUCGGACUGUGGGCUUAAAUCAGAAUUCUACAUCAGGCAAUCCUGGCUCUCCAGGCCAACAACGCCAAGGGGUUGGUGUGGAGGAAUUGAUGCAGCUUAGCCAACCACGACAGCCACAUCAACAAGGUAGUCCGCAGCAGCAACAAUCACCACAACAGCAGCAGCCGCAUCAACAUCAGCAGACACAGUCGCAGCCUCAACAGCAGCAGCAACAGCAACAGCAACAACAGCAACAACAACAACAACAACCACCACCACCACCACCACAACAGGCCCAAACUCAAGCUUCGGCAACUGGCACGAGUGGGUCCCAAGCUACUGGAGUUCCUGCACCAGCCAACACCCGAGACAAGCAGCUCAUGCCUCCGCCCCCCCCACCUCCGUCCUCUUCAGGUGAUAAACGACCUGGUGAUCAGCAAGAAAUUGCAAAUAAAAGGAUGAAAAAUUCAUCGGGUUACAAUGAUGAGUCCUCAGAGAGAGAGCAUGAACGAGAAGAUGGGGAUGCAGGCCAUCCUGCAUCCAGCCUCGGAGGCAACAGGAACAGUACUACUGAGUUCAGGGGUGGUCCUGCAGGUCGCGACCGGCCCUCUUUCAAUCAUUAUUCAUCAAAACCUCAACUGUACAACGCAAGCCUUCCAUUCCACAUGCAUGGCAUGAACAUGUACCCUCCACCACCUCCACCCCCACCCCCCAACAGUUGCAGGCAGCACCACCACAGCAACAAGUCUUCUGAGUUAAUGUCACUUCAAAUUGUUUUGCGUGAUGAAGAUCUAGUCUAUGAACAAAUAUGUGAAAUAUUUGUUGUAAUGAAGGGAACAUUUAUUAAUUGUGAUUAUACUUUUAUAUAUUUGUUGUUCAAAUGUGCAUUUCUAUUA